UCUCCAGCACACAGUUACUCCAGCUAUGACUCUGGCAAGAACGAGAGUGUUGAUCGAGGUGCAGAGGAUCUGUCACUCAACCGGGGAGAUGAGGAUGAAGAUGACCACGAUGAACAUGAGGAUUCUGAGAAAGUGAACGAGACAGAUGGCGUGGAAGCCGAGAGGCUGAAAGCGUUCAAUAUGUCUGUCAGGCUGUUUGUAGAUGAAAACUUGGACCGAAUGGUCCCAAUCUCUAAGCAGCCCAAAGAAAAGAUCCAGGCUAUCAUUGACUCAUGCAGGCGACAAUUCCCUGAGUACCAAGAGCGUGCCAGAAAACGUAUCCGUACUUACCUCAAGUCCUGCAGGCGGAUGAAAAGAAGUGGUUUUGAGAUGUCUCGACCUAUUCCUUCCCACCUUACUUCAGCAGUUGCAGAGAGUAUCUUGGCUUCAGCCUGUGAAAGCGAGAGUAGAAAUGCUGCCAAGAGGAUGCGCCUGGAGAAAGCACAGGAUGAAGCUAUUUCUGCCGACAAACAGUGCAAGCCUGAGGCAGCCCAGGCCACCUACUCAACGUCUACUGUUCCAGGCUCACAGGAGGUAUUGUACAUCAAUGGCAAUGGUACCUACAGUUACCAUAGUUACCGAGGGCUAGGAGGAGGACUGCUAAACCUGAAUGACACUUCUAGUAGUGGACCCACGGAUCUCAGCAUGAAGAGGCAGCUGGCGACUGGCUCAGGAUCCUCUAGCAGUUCAAACUCCAGACCUCAGCUGAGUCCAACAGAAAUCAACGCUGUGAGACAGCUUGUCGCGGGGUAUCGAGAAUCUGCUGCCUUUUUAUUGCGUUCUGCAGAUGAACUGGAAAAUCUCAUUUUACAACAGAACUGAGGCCAAGGAUGUCAUAUUCACGGAGUUCUAAAUUUGCAGUUUCCACUAAUGACACUUGAUUUCCCAGCAGAGACACCCCUGGUCUUGCUGCACAAUCUUUUAAGGGAAACACUUCCAUCAUGCCACCUCGUCCUUCAUCCAAACGCUGGUGUGUUAAGAAGCUUCAAAGGGACUCUGGCCUUGAAGUACUUGCUGCUCAACUGUGCCCAGCCUGUUGCUUUCUGUUUUAGUGUGUCAACAUAAAUAUCAUAAGCAAAUUUUUAAAAAGGCUGAAUAUUCUGAAUUCAAGGAUAAAAAUGAAGAAGCUUGUGGUAUGUAAAAAAUAGCUCAAGAUCCAACUGAAAUAUUAGUGGAAUUUUCUACUGACUCAUUGGACCAAAAGCUGAAGUAUCUGAAAACAAAAAGCCAAAUUUCUUGUUGCUACAGGAUAUGACAACAAUGAAAGGGAUCUUGUAUUUUAAAAGAAAAUGUAAUUUUUAUAAAAAGAAUACUUGUUUUUCAUUCAAAAUGGUCAUUUUUACUUUGGUAACUUUUUCAUAGGUCCUAAAAGAAAACUGUUUUUUGAGAAUCUACUGUAAGUACCCUUACCACAUCCCUUUUGCCUUCUCCUCUUUCCAAAUUCUUUCUACAAAAACACCAACACUCAAUGCUGGAAAAAACCCUUUGCCUACUUUCUUUAAGCCGUCCCAUCAGGAACUACUUCCAAGAGAUGCCUGCAUUUCUGUACUUAUGCCAGUC